AUGGUCCUCCUGGUCACCACUGCCCACAUCGUCUCGGCCUUUGAGGAUGUCCCCUCCUCCCGCCGUCAGGAACUUGACCUCCCGGACAGCUUAACCCUCGAGGCUCCGAUCUCACACAAGCAGUUGAUUCGCCUGGCUCGGUAUUUUCGAACCGGGACAGAGACAAACAUCAGUAAUGAUGACAGGAGUUUGAAUUCUCUCCUCCGCGGGACGAAGGUGUACGUUCCACCACCACCGAAGAAGCCUGAACCUAGCCCGGAAUAUCUGGCUCUUAAAGCCCGCCUUCUCGCAGCCGUUGAAGCAGAUGAGUAUAACCGCAUGACUUCACCGACUAUGGCUACAUCUACGCAAGCUCCAGCGUCUAUCUUCUCCUCCUCCACACCAAUGCUUUCGGCCAUCCAUGAGUCGAUGUCAUCCACGGACGAUACAGUCGACGGUCCGGAUGCGCUAACACCAUCGCUUGUGUUGAAUAUCUUUCUCUCGGUUCUCAUCACUGGCUUCAGUGUCUACUGGGCGUUGACCAGUUUUCAUACCCCAGAUUUGCUAUUCUCUUUGGUAGCGUCCACCUGGCGAUUGUCGAAUCAGACUGGUGUGCAUGGGGUCUCAGAGCCUGUGCGCAUCUUGCUGUCGUUUCUAGCGGCCUUGGUGGUCUGUGUUGCAGAGGUGCUGAUCUACGCUAUUUACUUGCGCAAGGUGGAACAAGCGCGGGCGCGUGAGAAGCGUAUCCCGGAAAGGAAAGUGGUGGUGGAGAGUGAUGUGGUGAGCGGUACAGUGAACACCAAGAGGGACGAUGCAGUUGAGAAGAUCCCGGAUGGAAAUAAAGAGGAGAUUUGGGGCCGAGGACCGAAUGGUGGACUGCGGCGGAGAGUGCGGGAACGGUGGGAGGAGAAGGAGAAUGAGAAGAAGGAUGGGGAAUGA